AUGGCGGACGUGACAGAGCUGCGAGCCCCCUACGCCAUGUCUCCGGUGCUGGCGGGCUUUGUGGGCGCGGGCGUUCUGGUGGUCCUGGUUCUGGCCGUGCUGGCCCUGUGGUCCUUCUGCCAGCGCCGCUACCUGCGCGCGUCGGGGCGCUACAAGCUACGCGGCGACCGCUACUGCGAUGCCGAGGACCCGCCCUACAAGUUCAUCCACAUGCUGAAGGGGAUCAGCAUUUACCCUGAGUCGCUCAGCGGCAGCAAGCGCAUCGUGCGCGGCGCCGGCCGGCCCCAGCGCGACGGCGCCGGAGGCAUGGUGUUGGUGGACGCCGACAACAACGUCCUAGACUUCCCACUUCAGGGCGCCCGCCGCGGGACUGAGCGCACGCCAACCCCGCGUCGCCCGGAAGGCACGCAGAGCAGCGGCGAGUCGGCCUCGCCCUUGACGCCAGCCUCCUCGGUAACGGAGGCUCCGCCCGACCUGGGCUCCAUCAGCCUGACGGUGGACUACAACUUCCCCAAGAAGGCCCUGGUGGUGACGGUAGUGGGGGCGCGGGGGCUGCCGGCCAUGGAUGAGCAGGCCGGCAGCUCCGACCCAUACGUGAAGAUGACCGUCCUGCCCGAGAAGAAGCACCGCGUCAAGACCCGCGUGCUGAGGAAGACACUGGACCCGCUCUUCGACGAGACUUUCACCUUCUACGGCGUUGCCUACAGCUCGCUGCCCGAGCUCACGCUGCACUUCCUGGUGCUGAGCUUCGACCGGUUCGCCCGCGACGACGUCAUCGGCGAGGCCCUGGUGCCGCUGGCCGGCGUGGACCCCGGCACGGGACGAGUCCACCUCAGCCGGCCCAUCGUCAAGCGCAACACGCAGUGCGAGAGUCGCGGCGAACUGCUGGCGUCGUUGUCCUACCAACCCGUGUCUCAUCGCCUUAGCGUGGUGGUCCUCAAGGCUCGGCACCUCCCCAAGAUGGACGUCGCCGGACUUUCUGCCAACCCGUACGUCAAGGUGAACGUGUUCUACGGGCGCAAACGCAUCGCCAAGAAGAAGACGCACGUGAAGAAGUGCACGUUGAACCCGGUCUUCAACGAGUCCUUCAUCUACGACAUCCCGCCCGAGCUGCUGCCCGACAUCUCGCUGGAGUUCCUGGUGGUGGACUUCGACCGCACCGCCAAGAACCAAGUCAUGGGCCGCCUGCUGCUGGGGCCGCACGGCGCCCCGCCCUCCGGCGCCGCCCACUGGCGGGAGGUCUGCCACAACCCCCGCCGCCAGAUCUCCAAAUGGCACGCCCUCGCCGAGUACUGA